UGACUAGUACUGCUCUGUGUCCAUUUACUGCUCUUGCCUCCUCACGAUAAGAAACACCUUUUCUUUAUAUUUCUCCCCUGCUUUCUUCCACUUCCGAGGAGUUUAGGACCGCAGAUAUGGAAAGCAGGAGAGUUUGAGAGGGAUAACUCUCUUAAACUCCUGCUCUGUUUCUCUCUUCAAUGGAGUCUUUCAGCUUUCUCAAGUACUGGAGAGGCGGCACCGGAGGAUCGACGUCGGCCGCCAACAUCCCCCCCUCUGACGCCAUUAAGCUACCGGAGCCGGCGACCGACGACGAGCAGACCGAUGAAGAGGGACCCUUCUUCGACCUCGAGUUUGCCGCCCCCGAGGAUAGAGUCGCGGAAGAUGAACAGGACGAGAAUGCGCUUUUGGAAGAUGAGGAAGAUGAUAAAGAUUCAAACUUUAGCAUGAAUUCGUCAGGUGGUAAUGAGUUACCGACCAUUUCUUCCUCGGACGAGCUGUUUUUCAAGGGAGAACUCGUCCCGCUGGAAUCGAGCUCCAUCGUCAUCGCGGCAGGGGAUAGUGAUCCCAAGACUCAGCUCUCUGUUUCAUUUCUGAAAUCAGCAACGAAGUUUCGCGUCUUCAUAUUGGGGCGUCGGAAGUCUAAAUCCACGACAGUGGAGUCCAAUGCCGCGGGUUUCUCGUCGAAGCAGAGCCAGCUGCCGAGCAAGUUCUUCUUCAUUAAGUUUAAGGUGGAGGAGGUGCCGAUCGUCUCCCUCUUCACUCGAGACAGCAGCUCACGAAACCAGGCCUGUGAUCCCAAGGCCAUGGAGAAGAUUACGGACAUUGACGACGGUGAAGACGCCGCCAUUGCUGCGGCGACGGCGGCGGCUGAGGAGAAGACGAAGUCGUCUAAUUCCAAGGAGGUUGUGCACAAGUAUCUCAGCAAGAUCAAGCCUUUAUAUGUCAGAGUCUCCAAGAGGUAUGUGGAAAAACUCAAGUUUUCAGGGCUUUUGGUUCACGGCGGAGUUCCGGCUACCGAACUUUGCUCUCAAGAAGAAAAGGAAGCUGAAGCUGAAGCUGAGAAGCCCGCGGAGGUAAAAAUAACGGAGAAGAGCUCAAAGAUGGCGAUGCCGGCGAAGCUGAAAGUGGUGUAUGAACGGUUGGGGAAGAGCAGGUCCGCAACAGUCCCCGCCGUUUCAUCCCCGCCGCCGCAGCGUCGCCGCGAUGACUCUCUAAUCGAACAACAAGACGGGAUCCAGAGCGCCAUUGCCCACUGCAAGCGUUCUUUCACCGCCACUUCUAAAGAAAAGGAAUCUCCAUCGCAGCUUUUGGAGAGCUGUCCGGAAGCUGGACGCAUGUAAUUGAUGGAACGAAUCUUUUCACCUGUUCAACCGGAGGCGGAAAAGUUCUUAAUAGCCGCGCUAUCGCUUAGCUAUAUCUGUUUAGUUUCUUCUACUUUUCUUUUUCUUUAGCCUUGUAACUGAAAAUAAAGGCAAGUAUUUCUAUUUCCUAGCCUAGCAUGUAUUACGGUGGCCCUGUAGAGCUUCUUCAAAUAUUAAGGGCUUCUUUGAGAAAGAUGGAGUCUCAUUCAUGUUUCAGUUCAUGUUUCAGCUAAUGUUGAUAAGUUUUUUCUCCAAAAAAGCAAUUUUUUUU